GCCUCCCUGACCGUUAUCCUCCCGUCGCCAACUCGAAAUGGCUGUUCCCAGUCCCCCGCCAUGGGCGCCCCCACAUGAGCUCGUCUCCCGCCAUCCUGCCCUCCACCACCUCCUCUUCUGCAACUCCAUGCCGCACUUCCUCCAGAUCCACGCUCUCUCAAUCACCACCGGCUCCGCCUCCGACAACCUCGCCGCCGCCCGCAUUCUCUCCUUCCCCGCCCUCUCUCCCGCUGGCUCCCUCCCCUACGCUCGCCGACUCUUCCUCACAGCCCAAAAAGCCGACGCCUUUAUGGCCAAUAUCCUCCUCCGCGCCUACGCUUCCCUUCCGAAUACCAAUUCCGCGCUCUCCUUCUUUGUGGAAAGCCUAGAAUCCUCCCGCCUCCACCACCCCGACGCCACCACCCUUGCUCUUGCCCUCAAGGCUUCCGCCGAUGCUGGCGAUCUUUCCUUCGGCAAAAUGGUUCACGCGAUGGCGCUAAAGCUCGCCCAGGCAUCGGAUGUCUCAGUUCAGAAUUUUUUGGUUCGGAUAUAUGCUUCUUUCCGGUUAAUAGAAUCUGCAAAGUUGGUUUUUGAUAGUAUUUCCAACUUCAACGAUGCGUCAAGGAAUAUAAUGCUCGGAGCUUAUUUGAAAUGCGAUCUUCUUGAUGACGCCCGACAGUUGUUCGAUGAUAUGCCUGUGAAAGGCGUUAUCUCUUGGAGUGUCAUGAUUAAUGGUCUUGUUCAGAAUAAUCGUUUCAGGGAAGCAUUGGAGCUUUUCAAUAAGAUGUUGAUGGAGAAGAUGGAGCCAAAUGAGAGUAUUUAUGUGAAUAUUUUCUCUAUCUGUGCUCAUCUCGGCGCCAUUGAGCAAGGCAGGUGGGUGGAGAAUUACCUGCUAAAGAAAGAUUUUACAGUCACAGUGCGUAUUGGCACAGCGAUGAUAGAUAUGUACCUUAAGUGCGGUUGUGUGGAGAAUGCCUUCAAUGUGUUUGAUCUAAUGCAGGAAAAGAACUCAAUGACAUGGAGCGCCAUGAUCACCGGGUUGGCCAUCAAUGGCCGUGCAGAGGAUUCACUCAAGCUGUUUUCAUUGAUGGAGCUUUCUGGAAUUUCACCUAACGAAGUAACCUUCAUUGGAGUGCUGAAUGCCUGUAGCCAUUCGAAGCUCGUCGGUGAAGGAGUGAAGUAUUUCAAAUCAAUGGUGAAGGUUUAUAACAUUCAGCCAGACGUUCACCAUUACUGUUGCUUGGUUGAUCUCUAUGGCAGAGCAGGAAUGUUGGCUGAAGCUGAGGAAGUCAUCAAGAACAUGCCCAUGGAGCCAAACAGUGCAGUCUGGGGAUCACUGCUCAAUGCUUGCAGAAUUCAUGAAAAUGCAUUCUUAGGAGAGAAAGUUGGGAAGAAAUUGCUCGAGUUGGAGCCUGAGAACAGCGGUCGCUACGUUCUGCUAUCGAACAUCUAUGCCGGCAGAGGGAUGUGGGAAAAAGUUGCAGAGCUGAGGAGAAUUAUGAAAGAAAGGAAGGUGGAGAAGACACCUGGGAGUAGUUUUAUUGACAUAAAGGGUGAGGUUCAUGAAUUCAUGGCUGGGGAUGGUUCCCACCGUCAAAAAAGAGAGGUUUAUGGGAAGCUUGAGGAGAUGAGGAGGGAGUUGAAGCUGGCAGGGUACAAGCCAAGGAUCAAACAGGUGGUGAUUGAUAUGGAAGAGGAAGAGAAGGAGAGUUCUCUUUAUCAUCAUAGUGAGAAGUUGGCUCUUGCGUUUGGUUUGAUUGGAUGUGAGAGAGGGACGACGCUUAGGAUCAUGAAGAACCUUCGUGUGUGUGAAGAUUGUCAUUUGGUGAUGAAGAUGAUAUCCAAGAUUUAUGGAAGGGAGAUUGUACUUAGAGAUCGGUGUCGGUUUCAUCAUUUUAGAGAUGGUAUUUGUUCUUGUAAUGAUUACUGGUGACUGAUAUGAUAUCCAUCCUGUCUAAGGGAGGAGAAAUUAUUCUGUGCGGACGCCAGAUGAUUCAUAUACGAAAUCAGAAC